GGCAUUCUGGUCACACUUUCUUCCCGCUUUCUUUCUGGCUGCGGCAAAAGCUUUCGCCUUCUUUGAUAGCAACAAAAGGCAGAAACUUUAUGCUCAGAGGGGAGAAUGUGUUCUUCAGUUCUUAAUAUUCAUAGUUCAUGUCCCAUUUCGUCCUACUCCCCAACUUGCUUUCAUGGUCGACCCUGUGCUCUAACCCCUCUUCGAUUUCUUUCGUCCAAUUCCUCUUUGAAGUUCAAAAAUCAGCCUUUGAGAUUCUCUCGCCCCAAGAGAUCCAGAACCCACAAGCGUCGCUCUUCCUUUGUAGUUCUCGCAGUACAAUCGAAUAUCUUUCAAGCUCUCCAGACAGCAUGGAAAGUUGGUAGGGAUGGAAUUGAGGCGGGUACUAAUCUGGUUCCUGAUUCUAUACCAAGACCGGUAGCGAGGAUUUCUGUAACUUUUGUAGCAUUGAGCGUUGGACUUUUUGUUCUGAAGUCUUUCCUCUCUACAGCAUUCUUUAUACUGGCCACUAUGGGACUUGCAUAUUUCGCAUUCCUAGCUUUUAAUAAAGAUCAAGGACGAACAGGAGGCAGCGACACCACCUCCACUUCCACCUCCACCCCUAUGGAGGAUCCAGUAGAAGAAGCCAGAAAAAUAAUGGACAAGUACAAGUAGCGUCACCAGAGUCUUCUCACUCAGAGAAUUGUAGCUGCACAACUUCAUUAUGUAAUAUAUGCUAACGCUAAAUAGUGGAAGUUCAUGCAAACUUUACUAGGACCCUGUAUAAAAGAAUUUCUUAGUCAUUUUUCUUAUCAAACUUUGCAUGAUAGAAUUUUCAGUUCCUUUGGGAACUUUUCUUGUGGUUUUAUUAUCCUUUUGCACGUGUUGUUAUGCCAAGAUAUAUUUAUAAAUAAGCACUAAACACUAUUUAAUUAGGUUAUGCAAUUUUAAAUGGUUUACAAU